AUGUCGCCAGAUAGAGGAGGCGACGCCGUGGAGGCGCCGCCGGACCAUGGGGACGGUCCGCGCGCGGCUCGCCUGCUCCCCGAGGGCCGCCACUUCACCUUCCGAGGCGUCGCGGUCGGCCUGCUGGUCGGCCUAGUGAUCUGCUUCUCCAACAUGUACUUCGGGCUGCAGACCGGCUGGGUCUCCAUGAUGACCAUGCCGGCGAGUCUGCUGGGCUUCGGCAUCUUCCGCGUGCUUGCGCCGCACCUGCAGUUCCCUUUCUCGCCCGUGGAGAAUGUCCUGGUGCAGUCUGUGGCUGGUGGGAUGGCCAUCAUGCCAUUGGGGUGUGGGUUCGUUGGUGUUAUGCCGGCGAUGAACUACUUACUCAAGACCGAGGAGCAAGGUCCCUUAUUCCUAAGCACAUGGAAACUGAUCAUAUGGUCUUUGGGACUAUGCUACUUCGGGGUUGUAUUUGCCGUCCCACUUCGCCGGCAAGUCAUCAUCAGGGAGCAGCUCAAGUUUCCGAGCGGCUUCAGUACCGCAGUCCUCAUCGGUGUUCUUCAUGGGAAGAAUCAACCUGAGGCUGGUAUGGUUCUUGAUCCCUCGAAAGCAGCAACCUUUGGAAGCCUAGCUUUAGAGAAUCGCCCUCUUCUGGAAAGCGAGGACGUUAAUGAUGAAGGCGAGGCGGAUGUUGACGAUGAAUCGCUAAGACAGCCCUCUCAAAAGUACAGCUGGGGAGCAAACAUUCGGCUGCUGUUGAUCACAUUCGGGAUCUCGGGUUUCUAUACGCUAUGUACUUAUUUCUUGCCCACACUGCGCGGUCUACCGGUAUUUGGCACCUAUGCCGCAAGUGUUUGGCUUUGGGAGCUGAAUCCCAGUCUUGCAUACGUGGGACAGGGCAUUAUUAUGGGACCAGCUACAACUCUGCACAUGUUACUCGGUGCAGUUGUCGGCUGGGGCAUACUGUCACCUCUCGCGAAGCACAUGGGGUGGGCACCUGGCCCGGUCAACGAUUGGGAAUCCGGAAGCAAAGGCUGGAUUGUAUGGAUAUCGCUUGCAAUCAUGCUGGCAGACUCAGUCAUCAGCUUGGGGUACAUCGCCUUCCGACCUCUCGUCCAGAACGGACCGGCCUACCUCACGUCCAUCAAGGAGAAAUACAGCAGCGGUGGCAUUAAGGGGCUCCUUCAGUCACAGCCCUCCGGAUAUACCGCCGUUGGCACCGAUGAUGAUGAUCCGAGGAACUCUACUGAUCAGCGAACCUCGAUAUCCGAGCUUCUUCCGAGCCAGGCUUUCCAGCAGCAAGAUGGCCAUGAGCGUCGAGUCUGGGAUCAUGACGAUGCGCCUCCGGAGCAGCUUGUCGGCAGUAAGACUGUGAGCAUUGGUAUGGUCACCUCGGUGCUCGUCUGCGUGGCAAGCAUUCACAUUACUUUUGGUGAUCUGGUCCCCCUUUAUGCGAAUAUCAUUGCCAUACUCAUGGCGUUGGUACUCAGCAUCAUGGGCGUGAGAGCUUUGGGUGAAACAGAUCUCAACCCAGUGUCUGGCAUCAGCAAGUUAGCGCAACUCUUCUUCGCCCUGAUCAUCCCGCAGUCCAAUAAGUCCAGUGUCUUGAUCAAUCUGGUCGCCGGUGCGGUCUCGGAAGCUGGAGCACUCCAAGCGGGCGACCUCAUGCAGGAUCUCAAGACUGGCCAUCUUCUUGGUGCCGCGCCAAAUGCGCAAUUCUGGGGCCAGGUCAUCGGUGCGACCGUUGGGGCUGUCGUGAGCGCCCUGAUAUAUCGGCUUUACACUGCCGUGUACCAGGUGCCGGGUGACCUCUUUCAAGUGCCCACAGCCUAUGUGUGGAUUUUUACUGCCAGACUUGUCACUGGAAAAGGCUUGCCUGCUAUGGCUCGAGAGUGGUCCAUCGGAGCCGCUGUACUGUUUGCGGUCCUGACUGUCGUGCGCACUAGAGCCAUGGGCAAAAAUUGGCAUGCUUACAUUCCUGGCGGCAUAGCAGUUGCUAUCGGCAUGUAUAAUGUCCCAUCAUUCACUUUGGCCAGAACGAUUGGCGGCUUAGUGAGCUGGUACUGGAGGCAGCAUCUCAAGAGGGAAGAUACACCUCUCAUUGUUCUAGCCUCGGGUUUCGUCUUGGGAGAAGGGUUCCUGAGUAUUGUAAACUUGAUUUUGCAGAGCGCGCGUGUGCCUCAUCUUCAAAGUUGA